CGGGAAUACCCUCUGUGCUGCUGAAGGAGUCUCCUUUAAAAAAAAAAAUCUUGAUGGUGACUGGUAUGCGGUUGCCGGAGCCGGGCAUCUAGCCGACACCAUCCCCGCCUGACUGCCGCUGCAGCACCGAUGGGACAUUUGUGGCAUUUACAGUGCUGAGAGUAAGUGACACUUCGCAAGGUUAUUGGCAUUCAGUCACACGUCCUCGGCAGAGCUAUAUGUCCAAAAGCAGACCACCCACCACACACCAAAGAUGUCAGCCCCCUCAAAUGUCACAUAUGCAACGCCGCAGGAACCGCGCUUCUUGGUGUUGUUUGACUUCGACGAGACCCUCAUUAACCACAACAGUGACGAUGCCGUGUUGCGCGCCAUGCCGUGCCAGCAGCUUCCCGACUGGCUGAAAAACAGCUUCAGGGACGGGCAAUACAACGAGUAUAUGCAGAAGGUCCUGGCCUACAUGGCGGAUCAGAACGUGUCCGAGGACUCCAUCCAUUCAGCAAUAGUGAAGAUCCCACCAACGCCUGGCCUCCUGAGCCUCGUCCAGUUUUUGCAAAACCAAAAGCAGGACUUUGAGUUAGUCGUGGUCUCUGACGCCAACAUGUACUUCAUCGAGAAGUGGCUGGAGGCCGCUGGACUGCGCCACCUUUUUCGAAAGAUUUUUACCAACCCGGCCAGUUUUGAUGAGAGCGGUCGGCUUGUGCUGCUCCCCUUCCACUCCCACUCGUGCCCCCGCUGUCCUGGCAACAUGUGCAAGCAGGUGAUUCUUCGGGAGUAUCUGGCGAUCCGGCAGAAAGAGCGCGGCGGUGCACCCUUCCAGAGGGUCUUCUAUAUCGGUGAUGGUUCCAAUGACAUGUGUCCCUCUCUGGUUCUGGGGCCAAGGGACACAGCCUUCCCAAGGAGGGACUUCCCCAUGCACAGGCUGCUGUUGGGGAUACAGCAGUCUCAAAAGGUCACGUUCAAGGCAAAUGUGGUUCCUUGGAACAGUGGGGAGGACAUUGUGGACUGCCUGAAGAACAUAAUCAGCGAGAGAUGAGAUGAUUUUACCUCAGCAACACCUGGUACAGUUUAUAAAGAUGUUCCAAACUAAUUUGGAUUCAUUUUAAGCUACAUUUUAAAAGGAAUAGGAAAAAAAAUGAUUUUAGAAAAAUAAGCGUAUUCACUUUCUAGAUGAGAAGAAUGAGGCCAUUCCAAGCCUAAAUAUAAAACUAGAGCAUGGACCGUAAUUGAAAUUAUUCUGAUUUAAGAAUUUAAAUUUAACAAAUUGAA